GGUACACAAGCCUGAAUUGGUGAUGCGCAAAAAAUAUGCAAAAGCUGAAGCGUUAAUUGGAGUGAGAAGUAAUACGACUCUUUCAUCGAGCGUGUUUAUGAUUUUAAGAACGAUAUGUUAGUUUUGGAGGUUGUUGUCAUUUCUGGGUAGUCGGUAACAAGACGUUUAGAGCUAAUAGCAAUGUUGCUCUGUAAACUUUCGUGGUUGUCUGGUGUAGUCAUAAUCUUUAUAGGUGUCUCGGUUAGGGCACAGAAGCUAACCGCAGUGAGAGAUAAAGUUAGCGUAAAUGUUCGGCAAGAUGUCUCUUUCAACUGGACUUUGGAAAUAAAACCUGGAGAGAAACUUUUAAUAGUAUGUGGAACAAGCACAAGCGGUUUGGAAGGCUCGACCCCUAGAUUGAAAGACGUACUUUUUGCGAAACGCAAAUUUCAGGACAAACCUCAGCCAUCAGAUGAGAUGCCUUCCAAAUUUUCCGGCAGAGUUCACAUGAUUUGGCAGAGCCAAACUAUUUCGCUCUCGAUCAAGCGGGUUGAUCUAUCAGAUGAGGGCUUUUACAUGUGCGAAGUCAGUACGUUAUUUGUCACCGCCAGAGAAAAAAUAUCCUUGGAAGUGAUAGAUCCUCCACGGAUUACAACAGUUCUUCCAAAGGAAAUUAACAUGAGUGAAGGCCAAAAUUUACAACUUACUUGUGAGGCCAAUGGGCGACCAAAACCAAGGGUCUCAUGGAAGAGAGGAGAAACAGUUUUCAAUAGGACACGGCAGAUUUCCUCUCUGAAUUUUUCACCCUUAACUUACAAAGAUCAUGGGGAAUACAGAUGUGUUGCUGAAAAUGCUGGUGGAAGGGAAGAAAAAAAAGUCAAAAUCAAUGUCCAGUAUUCACCCAAGGAAACCAACAUUACCACAGAUGCUUAUCAGGACACAGUUAGUGAUGGUAGUCGCAUUUCAAUCACUUGUGAAGCAUAUGGGAAUCCUAAACCACUUUACCAAUUUUUUAUUGAAGAUAAGCCUUUAACAGAUAGAAAGGCAGAGAUAUCAGGUGUACUAAGUGUGACAGCCAUUACCUUCAGGCAAAGUGGAAUCUACAGCUGUGUACCAGAAAACGAAAAAGGCAAAGGUCCCAAAAAGGAGGUCACCAUAUACGUCCGACACAAACCGGAGAUCACUCGUCAACCAGCCAACGUGGCUGUAGAUGAAGAUUCCCCUGUGUCAGGGUUUUGUGAUGCCAAAGGUUACCCACCUCCAGAAAUAACAUGGGAGAAAGUACGAGGCAAUAAACUGGUUGCCAGAGGGAAGAAUUUGUUUAUUCCAAACGCUCGGCGAUCUGAUAAGGGACGGUACAGAUGUGUGGCUUCUAAUGGCUUUGGAUAUGCAAGUGCAGAGUUUAGGAUUGAUGUUUACUACAAGCCUGUUAUUAAUAGGACUGCAUCAAGUCAAGACGUUCCAGUGUGGGCAGGGAAUACGGCAAAUUUGUCAUGUGUUGCUGACGGCAACCCAGCUCCUCGAUACAUCUGGACUAACUCAACUGGUCAUGUAGCAACCUCAGAGGAGAGUGGAGUACUGCAGGUAACUCCACAGGAUUCCGAUGGUUUUGGGCCGUACACAUGUACAGUGGAGAACAGUAAAGGAAAGGAUUCCUAUGAUAUACGUCUGGUGAAAGUUGAUAAACCAAUUGUCAAACUUAACCUUGAAGCACGGUCCACAACCUCUCUCUCCUUCACUUGGUCAUUACUGUCAGAUAGCAUGAGCAAUUUACAUCUGCAGUACUACACUUUACGGUACCGUAUGGAUCAGGACAGCACCUGGUUGACAGAAAGAAUUUCUCCACAAGACAAUUCUUAUGUGCUUACUGAUUUACAGCCAUAUACUUUGUAUACUGUACAAUUGCUUGCAACAAAUUUGCACUUUACUAGUGACCCAUCGCGUGUCACAGCAAUGACUGGUGCAGCAGCACCUGGACCUCCUGAGAAUGUCAGGGCAUAUGCAGUCAACAGGACGUCUAUUCGUGUGGAGUGGGACCCCCCAAAGAAACCCAAUGGACCAAUAAAAACAUACUCUGUCUUUAUCCCAGACAGUGUGCACUUGGUGUCUGUUAAGGAAAAUGUUACUGAGGUUGUCAUUGGACGUCUGGAGCCAUACACCAACUACACUGUGAAAGUGAGGGUGCAAAACAGUGUAGGUACAAAGGAGAGCUCUGCUGUGAUUGUUCAAACAAAACAAUCAGCCCCGAGUAAACCAGGUAAACUUGAGGCAAACAUGACAGGACCUUACAGUGUGCGUCUAAAAUGGACAAAACCAAAAAGACCAAAUGGCAUAAUAGUGAUAUUCAAAGUAAGAAUGUUCUGGAGGUUCAAGAACAGAAAAGGAGGGUACAAAUACGAUACUUACAUUAUUCCUGCAAAAGUUACAAACAAGAGGAGGAAAAGGAAACUUGCCCGUGAAACGUCAGACAAUAUUGUAUGGAGGCUAGAUCCCUUCAGAGACAUAGAGCUAAAAAAGAUACAGCCUUUUGCUAUCAUAUCAGUGCGUGUAUCUGAGGCAACUAGAGAUGAUGACAAGGAACCAAUGUGGAGUCCAUUUUCCAGUAACCAGACCAUAGAGACUAAGGAGGGAGCACCAGGUGCUCCAAGUGAUGUCAAACUGGAAGAGAAAUCAGCCACGUCCUUGUUAGUGACUUGGAAAUCACCUGAGUAUCCAAAUGGAAUUAUUCAGGGAUACAGGAUAAUCUACUCUGACAACACAGGGAGAAACGUCAGCACAGCAGAUAUCACAAAAGGGCUGACCAAUAAAACAUUGUUUUAUCUAUUAACUGGUCUCAAGGAGAAUGCCGAGUACAAAGUUUAUGUUCAAGCUUUUACUAGUUAUCCAGGGAAGGUCAGCUCUCCAGUCAUUUACAACAAAACACCAGUAGAUGUGGCAGAACGUACUGGAGUGGACACUGGAUCUCUGUAUGGUGGAGUAUUUGCUGGGAUAAUAAUUUUGGCUUUUGCGAUCAUCAUUAUUGCUUUAAUUAUAAG